AAUGACUAAAGCCAGAUCCAUUAUCUUAUUUGAAUGACAAGUCUGGUGUUCUUAAGACCAAAAUGGAACUCUUCCGAAUGAUCCCAUACGAAUUUCAGAAGAUAAUUUCAUAUAAAUGGUACUUUUUAAAUCCACCAAAACGAGCCGUUAAACAUCUUUCCACUGAUGUGGAUCCUCAUCUUUGGUUGAUUCAGCAAGCACAACAAAAAGUAGAAGAAUGCAUCAUCAAUGGACCCAAUAUAAAAGUGAGACACUUGUUACCGUACGAGACUGACAUUAGUAUAUCAGAAUUACUACAGAAAAUAAAAGCUUUUGCAAAAGCAGGGUAUUUCAAAGAAAUUGAACGCUUGCUCUGGAACGAGACUUCAAUUCAUCGAGAGGAUGUUGGACAAAUGGUAUUGGAAAUGGUCCUUCCCUGGGACAGUGGUUAUAAACAGAAAGACGUUUCAGGCAGACGUUUAGAAUUUUUGCAACAUCUAUUUGAAAUGAUGGGACCAAAACUUAAUGUGAAUGCUUGCGAUACAUUCAAUAGGACACUUUUGAUGUUUUCGCUGAAUGAUCAGAACGUUGAAGUAAUUAAAUUUCUGUUGAAGAAUGGGGCAAAUAUUGAUUCAAAAACAAAUAUUGGAAUAACCCCAUUGAUGUGGGCUGUAAAGAGAAAAGCAUACAGCUGCGUUGAUCUUCUCAUCAAAUCCGGAGCAGAUCUGGAUUCACAGGACACAUCAGGUAGAACUGCGUUGAUGUGGUCUCUGAAGGCUUUAAAUGACAAAAACAGAAUAAAAACGUUUUUUGAAAAUAAUGCUGCUAUUGAUAAGGUAGACAACGACAAUAAAACAAUGUUGAUGUAUGUAGCAGAAACACCUUAUUCUGAGUUUAUUAACAUCAUUGUGAGCAAGGAUGUUGAUGUAAACGCGACUGAUAAGGAAGGAAACACGGCACUAAUGUAUGCUGGUCGUGCAAAGCAGGUAGCUUGUUUUAGAGAACUACUGAAAAAUGGAGCUGACAAAAAAAUGAAGAACAAGAAAAAUGAGUCUGCUCUUACUAUUAUUGAAAAAUCUGAUGACAAGCAAAUGGAAAGCUUCCUUGAUGCUGGAAGUGUAGUAAACAAAAAGAGAGCAGAAGUGUUUCUAGAUACCGCUCGGAUAGAAAACAAAGAACCUAAGCGAGUCAUUACUGAUCAAGCUGCUGAAGAAAAACAGCAAAACAUAGAAGAAAAUGAUGGUCUUGACCCACAGGAAAGGGAAGAAUUAUGGAAGCAUGAUUUCUUCAAAGCACUCUCUGGGGGUGAAACUGAUAUAUUGGAGAAACUGACUCGAACGAAACCAAGCAAUGUCAAGUUUAAUGAAACUGAAUUGUGUGGUGAAAAUAUCCUUAUCAAGGUUAUGAGCAAAAAUGAUUGGAAUAUGGCAGAAUUUCUUUUGGACAAUGGAUAUGAUGUUAAUGCACGUGGUAGCGGUUCGCCUUUACAGUGGGCGAUUGACGAAAAAAAUGACAAGUUUUUCGAUUUGCUCAUAAAAUAUAAGGCUGAUGUUAAUCUUACAAAAAGCCAAAGUCAUAUGACACCUUUGUGGAAGGCAUUGAUUGCAGGGCAUAACAAACAAGUGCAGGUUCUUCUUGAAAAUGGCGCCAAUCCGAACAUUAAAGAUGAACGUGGAUACACAAUGCUUUCUCAUGCUGUAAUCAGGAAUAACACAUAUGCCAUGAAACUUAUUCUAGAAAAAAUGGAAUUAGAUAUCGACAUAACUGAUGAAGAAGGAAAAUCAGCGUUACACCACGCAGUUCUAAAUGAUGAGUCAGAAAAAGGUGUCAAUGAGACUUUAAAAGAAACGUGCACAACUGUCUUACUCACUAAUCACUCUGAUCCAAACAUUGAGGAUGCGUUCGGUUGUACCCCGUUAAUAUAUGCUGCCAUGAACAAUAAUACAGCCGCGAUAAAACAACUUAUUCACCACAAAGCUGACAUUAACUUUCAAGAUGAAGUUGGUAAAAAUCCUUUGCAUUACGCAGCAAAUAACGAUGAUGAUGACAGCGUCAAACUUUUACUGAAACAAAUGCCUGACAUCAACAUUAACGUGAUGGACAAUGAAAACAUGACUCCAUUGCAUUGUGCUGCAAGUUCUGGUAGCAGGGAAUGUUUGCGACUUUUGUUGAAACACAAACCUGAAGUUGACAUAAGAGAUAAAAGUGGAAAGACGGGUCUACAUCACGCUGCGCUAGUUGGCAGCAUGGAUUGUUUAAAGAUUCUCCUUGAUAACCAGGCGGAUGUUAACAUUAAAGAUGUGGAUGGACGGACAGCCUUGCACCAUUCUGCAGUCGUUGGCAGCACAGAGUGUUUGGAGAUUCUUCUUGAUCACAAUGCUGAUGAUGACAUCAAGGACUAUGAUGGUUGCACAGCUAUCGAUUGUGCAACUAAUAGCUAUUCGAGGUUGUGCCUGCACGAAUGGAACAAAAAGAAAAAAUUCUUUACCCAGUUGAAGGUAGUUAUGGAAAGUCUGGUAUUUGGGAUGAAAGUUCUCGACAUGAUGCUCAUACAUAUACCGAAAGAAAUCAAUUAAAUGAGACGAUUACGGCAUCAAACUCAAUGAAGGUUACAGAUGUGUUUGCAGAUGAGGACUGUGAAUUUUUAAUUGGUAUUCCUGGCGUUGUAUCAUUUGGAAGAGAGUUUUCAAUAUCGAAAAAUGAAUCAAGAUUAAAAAUAAAACACAAAGAAAACAUCCAAGAAAAGGACAAACAAAAGAUCAGGGGACGACUUGAGGAAAAGUAUUUAUUUGACUUUGAGGUGAAUUAUGAAUCAAAUCUUCAAGCUUGUCGUUUGACGGGUAAACGUCUGGCUCACUUCACAAUACACAAUGAGAGAAACAAGGAGGGGACAUUGGGAUGCUUUAUCAAAACCAGAAACCGUUCGCGCUGGCCUGACAAAGACAAAUACUAUGCCAUUACCAAUCAACAUGUUGUGUCGUCCGUUAAUAAAAAUGAAUACGUUUUAGUCCAACACCUAGACCCUUCCAUUUUGGGCAGGCUAGCAUACUACAUCGACAUAACUGAUGAUAAAAUCGGGAAAGGUAAAUAUGACAUCGCUCUAAUCGAAAGCUCGGACAGUCUCAUGAAAACCCUUGCUAAUUAUGACAAAACGUGUGACUGUAAAUUAGCUAGCCCAGUUGAAAACAUUAUUGUCACUAAAGUAGGUAGUCGCACAGGUGAGACUCGAGGUAAGAUCAUCGCAGAAUCGAUAUGCAAAGUGAUCGAUUAUGAAGACCACAACGGUAAUAAAUUAUCAGAGUUCCUUUUCAGAGAUAUAAUAAAAGUCAUAGGUAUCGACAUAAACGGUGACACCAUUGGAGUGGAAUCGGAGAAACAAUUUUUCGAUAAAGGUGAUAGUGGGUCUGUGAUUUUGUCUGGAGGCUGUGUAGUAGGAAUGCUCUUUGCAAUGAACGACGAUACAGUUGAUAACAAAAGGGUCCGUAUAGCAUAUGGAUUCUGCCUUAAAAAUGCCUUGGCAGCAAUUGAACGUAAAAAUGAUUUUAAAUUUGGGGAAAUCCAUGUAAGAUGCCAGGGUGUUCUGUGCAAAAGGAGAAGGAGGAGAGAUACAGUAUAAAUACACACAUUGAAGAAAUGCUAUAU